UUAUUGUACAAGUGUGUUGCCCACUGCCAGUGUUCCAAAGAUUCGGUUUUGUUUCGUCUUUAAUUUUCACUUUCAAUUCGCUUUCAUGUUGCUCUGUUCGUAAGUUGUGUCCCCAUUCCAAGAGCGGCUGUACUAUUGUUUCAAUCGUUUAUCAUCGUACGUAGUACAGAUUCCGUAGGCUCCCCCUAGACCUGUUACGUUUCGAUCCGUUCGGUUUUCGGUUUCGGUGUGAGAUAGGUGCUGCGAAUAUCCCCAGCUGGGACGGCAUAUUUUGGUGGACAGUAAGCAACACCGGGCAAACAAUUGCAAAUAGCCAGCCCAUCGGUAGAAUUGUACUUCGGUUCAGGUGGAUAGGAGCGGGCGUAUCCUAUCUGCGCGGUCUGCAUCGAUUGUGCCCCUCGAUUUCGUUUCGUUUGGGGUAGAGAGAAAAGAAGACACAACUCACACAGAACCCAGCGCGAUGAGCUUCUUGUUUCGCUCGAGCAAAACAUUCAAACCAAAGAAAAACAUUCCGGAAGGUACACAUCAGUAUGACCUUAUGAAACAUGCGGCCGCCACGCUCGGGUCUGGCAAUUUACGAAACGCGGUACAGCUUCCCGAUGGAGAAGAUCUCAACGAAUGGGUUGCAGUAAACACGGUAGAUUUCUUCAAUCAAAUCAACAUGCUGUACGGUACGAUCACGGAGUUUUGCACCGAGGACACAUGUAGCAUUAUGUCGGCCGGUCCCAAAUAUGAGUACCAUUGGGCAGACGGGCAGACGGUAAAGAAACCGAUCAAAUGCAGUGCACCCAAGUACAUCGACUACCUGAUGACAUGGGUGCAGGAUCAGCUCGAUGAUGAAACGCUCUUCCCGUCCAAGAUCGGUGUACCGUUUCCGAAGAAUUUCAUCAACAUCGCAAAAACGAUCCUGAAGCGACUGUUUCGCGUGUACGCCCAUAUAUACCACCAGCACUUCUCGGAGGUGGUCCGGUUGAGCGAGGAAGCACAUCUCAACACGUCCUUCAAGCAUUUCAUCUACUUCGUGCAAGAGUUUAAUCUCAUCGAUCGUCGGGAGCUGGCACCUUUACAGGAUCUUAUCGAUAAGCUUAUCACAAAGGACGGACGAUAAGUGUAUGUGUGUGCGUGUGUACGGCACGGAUGCUUAUUGAUGCAUACGAUACCACAAACUCAUCCUGCCAGCGAUGGCCACAACAAGACAACAUACCUCCACACUAUCCUCUAUCUCAGCAUCCCUUACCCUUCCCUUAAUAAUUGUGUUCCCUCCUUCCCAUUUACCACUCACUAAGCUAAUUUAUUUCUUUUACCACUAUGAUGUUCUCGAAUGUGUUGUUUUUUUUUUAAUUAAUGUACGAUUUUAAUGUUAAGCUUUUGCACCGCUGCUUCUACCAGAGAACGACUCUCGUUCGCUAGGCAUGGGAGCGUAGACGGUUGCCAAAACGACGGUGAGCUUAGUCGAUUCGGAACAGUGGCGCUACGGGUAACAUUUUAUAAAAAUGACCCCACCCGCUGUAUCUGCCGGAUCGAAACGGAUCGGAGAAUUUGCAUCCGUUUGCAUUUCUUGUAUAUAUCGUUGAUAAAUACCUCCUGUGUUUUGUUUUGUUUUUUUUUCUUUUCGGUUCUCUCUCGAUCAGUUGUUUGCACACCGUUUCAAUUAAAUGUUUCAUUUGCAAUUACUUCAUGUAGAUUGGUGGCAAAUUAUAUUUGAUGCUAUAAAGGGAGCGCGACAACGAGAGACCAGUAUACGCCCAUUCGAUCAAAUCACGUGUGUAUGCGAGUGACGAAAUUAUUGAACGUUAAUUUUAUGAAAGACAGCUUGGGAGAACCGUAGUGGAUGUGGAUGGACGUAUCGAUUACUUACCUCCAACUGCAAUGCAAUCUAAACCUACCUACCGGGAAUGGAUGCCAAUCUAGCAUGGAACUUCGCGUGAUUAUAAGCAUAAUGCACACGCUCAUACCUUUCCUGAUCACUUUGGAAUAUUGUAGAACUAUUGUAACCCCAAAACAAACAACUAUAAUAUCCGAUUAGGAUCAGUAUGGUAAGGAGGAAAGCAACGGAAUAUGAGCGAUAGAAAACGAUGGAUGGAUAAAUUAUGCUACAAGCAGCGCCAACAAUUGACUGAUAAAAAAUGGUGGAAAACAAAAAAGCACACACACAGGGCAGCAAAUGGAAACGAUAGGCUUACAAAACAAAACUCAACUUGAUGAUAAUAAGAGUACUGAUAUACAAUCCGAGCGUAACCAGAACCCCGAACACACACGACAGGUGCGUGAGAGGUUGGAAAACCCUUUUUCCCAACCGUGGUACCGAGAACCGUGUAAAGAUAGCUUAAUAGAGCUGUUUUAGAUUUCAAAAUUAAGCUUUUUUAGGCCGGUGCGCCACCGUAAGCAAAACGAAGGUUGGGCAAAAAGGACUUAGCUGAACAUUUGCAGGCAUGAUGUGAACGCAGUAAUUAAAGUACGAUAACUGUAGAUUUCUUUUAAUUGCCGUGUUUUGUUGUCAUCGUUGUCGAUAAUCGAUUGAAGCGGGAGAAGGAACAAAACGAAAGAAAUGUCCGGGUCGUGUAGGUGUACGCGAUCAUGACCCGGGUCAAUGGUUUGCGAUUCGUUAUCGGGUGAUUGUGGGUGCGAUUACUUUGUACUUAGAGUUUGAUGUGAAACACAAUAGGGUACCUAUGUUGAGCAGGACGCUAUCGCA